CGGGGCUCUAAAAUAGUAGUUUGGUUUCCACUGUGGUCGGAUUCCAGUCUAUAAAAACCGUGGCCAUUACUUGUUAAAGUUCAUUCUUAGUUUUUCUGGCCCGUUUGGAAGAUGUCUGGUCGUGGGAAAGGCGGUAAAGGGCUGGGGAAAGGAGGCGCUAAGCGGCAUCGUAAGGUACUUCGUGAUAAUAUCCAAGGUAUCACCAAGCCAGCAAUUCGCCGUCUGGCUCGUCGCGGGGGAGUGAAGCGUAUUUCUGGACUGAUCUAUGAAGAGACUCGAGGUGUGUUGAAGGUCUUUUUGGAAAACGUGAUCCGAGAUGCUGUAACUUACACCGAGCACGCCAAGAGGAAGACCGUAACUGCUAUGGAUGUGGUUUAUGCUCUGAAACGCCAGGGUCGCACGCUGUACGGCUUUGGAGGUUAAGACUUCCCUGUGUAAACCGCAAAGUCCAAAAGAACCCAAAGGCCCUUUUCAGGGCCAC